AUGGCUGACCGAUUGAUCCCCGCUGUGGUACGAGUCAAUAAUAUGAAAGAGGAACGACAGCAUUUGCGUGGGAAUUUUGCGCAAGCUGCCCAACAAGCCGGAGCUGAUAUCAAUCCAAUGGCACAAACGAACCACCGAAAUGAGGCCAUUGGUCAUGCGGUCGGCUCACUUGGUUUACUUGCCGAAGUACUUGCUGAAGAAAUUGUUGUUUUGCGUGGCAACGUGAGACAGCGAGCAAGGCUCUUCUGUCAUUUUCUUGGUGUUCAACUUUCUGGUGUCUGGGAACGUCUUUUGCGUGUGUUUGCUAGCACUCAUUCAUACAAACCAAUUCGGCUCGAAGGAAGUGCUGCGCUUGGUGUUGGGGCAUCAGAGUAUCAAGAAUCAAAGGAUAUGCUAGUCUCCUCCUAUUCGCUUAUUGAUUUGGCAAAAAUUCUUCUGACAGACGGUGUUGAAGAUGGUAUUGCUCGCCAAUUUCAAUUGUGGAGUAAGCCAUGGGCCUGCUUACCUGAACGGAAGAUCGUAACAGAUGCUGAUGAAGAUGGAACUUCUGAAUUUCAACUUUUCAAUCGCCCUCUCACAUUUGAUGACGAGGACGAGCUUUUAAGUCUGCCUUCGACUCAACAAACUGGAACAUUGAGAAUGCAAAGCCUUGAGGCAAAAAUGGCAAAGAUGGCAAAAUUAAGUCAAGAAUUGUCCGCUUUUCUUGCUGCGCAAAAUGGCACUAGAUCACGUGUCUCAUCUGGCACUAACAGUCAACAAAAGUCGCCAUCUGCUAUUAGCAUUGACGACGGUGUUUGCAUGCAGUCGAUGCGCUCUUCUCGUUCAAUAAACGAAUCUCCAGUUCCUUCUCUUCCAUCAAUCAAAGAUAAACCGCCAACUAAGGAAUUGCCUCUAGUUCGUCCACCACCCGGACCUCCUCCACCUCCUCCUCCACCACCACAAUUGCCAUUGACACCACGAGUGGCAAAGCAAGCACCACCACAGCUGGAUUCUGAGAAUCUUCAAUCAGGCACCUCUGUAAAAUCAUUGGAUAGCACCAGUGUUGAGUCAUUAACAUCUCCGCGAGUCCAAUUGUUGCAGGAUAUCAAGCAAUUCAAGUUCAACAAAACAGUUGCCAAAUCACCUGGAGGGACUCCACUUGUAAAGAUUCCAUUGCGGGAGAAUCAUCGAAAUAUAGAGUCUGGAGUGCUUGCAGCCAUCAAAUACAAGUUUCGCAAUGUUCGUCCAUCCAUAGAUGACGAUGAUGAAAGUUUGACAAACAACUCGUUUAAGGAUGAUGAAUGGACCGAUGAUAAUGCAGACGCUAGAUCGACAACUCAAAUUGAAGGAGAGAGUGAGAUGGAAGUCGAAAGUGAGCAACUAUGUGGAGCCGCUAAA